AGCCUUGAGAGCAGGAGAGCGUUUUAAGAAUGGGAAGAGCAUUCCCCUUUAAACAAGGUGGGCUGAGCUUAUUUGCAGUUCUCGCUCCUAUGGCAACCCAAUAGAUCAGCAUCAUGAAUAUUCACAAUUCGCCAAAACGCACCAUGACUAUGGAUCAGUGAUGUCAGCGGUCCCUGAAAUGCUCUACUGUAUUUUGCAUGAUUGUGUCGCCUUGUUUGAUGGCAGCUUGCAAGAUAUCUGGUGAAAAGAGCAUCCUUCGUCGUGCAUGACCUUUCCCUCGUCUCCAUAUCACCGUCCGUCGGCACAUCCCUCACAUGUCACGCUAAGGUGACUUUCAAGCAGUUUUUUCCACUUUUGCGCACAAUGUCAGAACGGCACAAAUGUGCACAUCGGGGACGCAGUGGCCAAGCGGACCGCCCAGGCAGUGCGUGAGGACAUAUGCAAACUGUCAGGUAGUCUAAUUAUGAGAAAGAGUAUCUUUAAUCUAUUUCACUUAAGCCACGGCGGUCCAUGUCAUGUGUAGCAGGCUUUCAGGGAUUCAGAUUAGCUCCAGACUGAUCGCGCUCAUAAACAGAUAGGGAGCGCGGGGCUGGUGGGCAAUAGUCGUUAUACAGCCUAACAACCUGGAUUCAUUGUAUUUUCUCCCUUAAGUCUCAAUGUCAUAAUGGACAGGCUGCACUCCUCCAUGCGUAAAAGACUUUACAGUUUGCCACAGCACAUUGGACAGAAAGCAUCGAUAAUGGGCGAAGGAGAAGACGUAGACAAGGACACCAGGAGGAAGAGUCUUCGGAUGAAGCCUCUACCGUCGCCGACCUCUGGGGGAAGCUGCAAAGGCAUCGGGGAGACCAAAAGUGGGGAGUCUGUGAUAAUGGAGACGGACAUAGGGAGACAGACGAAGACCAGCUCAAACGGAGAUUGCCGGAGGUUUCGAGGCAGCCUCUCAUCCAUCACAAGUCGCCAUGUGCACGAGUCUGACUCGGCGGAGGAGAGGCGCCUCAUCACCGAGGGGGAUGUUACCCCGAACGAGGAGAGACCCCCCGGAGCUAUCGGUGAUGGGCCGCCAGACCAAUGCGCGCAGGGAGCCAGCGGUGGCGGUGGCGGUGGUACCCAAAACGAUUCCCCAGACCAGCAGCCAGGGUUUAUAAAGUUGGAUGGCAUUGAUCAAAUUCUGCCGGAAGACGAGAGAUUAUAUCAAGCUGGGUUCAUACACAGACAGUUUGGAGCAAUGCUUCAACCAGGGGUCAACAAGUUCUCCCUGAGGAUGUUUGGAAGUGAAAAGGCGGUUGAAAGGGAACAAGAGCGGGUUAAAUCCGCCGGAUUUUGGAUAAUUCACCCGUACAGUGAUUUCAGGUUUUACUGGGACUUGACCAUGCUGCUGCUGAUGGUGGGAAACCUCAUCAUCAUACCCGUGGGCAUCACAUUCUUCAAGGACGAGCACACGCCCCCCUGGAUCGUGUUCAAUGUUGUCUCUGACACCUUUUUCCUCAUGGACCUGGUCCUCAACUUCAGGACGGGUAUCGUCAAGGAGGAUAACACAGAGAUCAUCCUGGAUCCGCAACAGAUCAAGAUCAAGUACUUGCGGAGUUGGUUUGUUGUGGACUUCAUCUCCUCAAUCCCUGUGGACUACAUCUUCCUGAUUGUGGAGACGCGCAUUGACUCAGAUUUCUACAAGACGGCGCGCGCCCUGCGGAUUGUCCGCUUCACAAAGAUCCUCAGCUUGCUGCGACUCCUCCGCCUCUCUAGACUCAUUCGCUACAUCCACCAAUGGGAAGAGAUCUUCCACAUGACCUAUGACCUAGCCAGCGCCAUGGUGAGGAUAGUCAACCUGAUCGGCAUGAUGCUGCUGCUGUGUCAUUGGGACGGCUGCCUGCAGUUCCUGGUGCCGAUGCUGCAGGACUUCCCUGCCGACUGCUGGGUUUCCAAAAAUAAGAUGGUGAAUGACACAUGGGGACAGCAGUACUCCUACGCACUUUUCAAAGCUAUGAGCCACAUGCUGUGUAUUGGGUAUGGCAUGUACCCCCCGGUGGGCAUGACAGACGUGUGGCUGACCAUCCUCAGCAUGAUUGUGGGCGCUACCUGCUACGCCAUGUUUGUGGGCCACGCCACCGCGCUAAUCCAAUCCCUCGACUCAUCUCGACGGCAGUACCAGGAGAAGUACAAACAGGUGGAGCAGUAUAUGUCCUUCCACAAGUUGCCAGCAGACAUGAGGCAGAGAAUCCACGACUACUACGAGCACCGAUUCCAGGGCAAGAUGUUUGAUGAGGAGAGCAUUCUGGGAGAGCUGAACGAGCCGCUUCGAGAGGAAAUCGUCAACUUUAACUGUCGAAAACUGGUGGCGUCUAUGCCUCUGUUUGCCAACGCGGACCCAAACUUUGUCACCUCCAUGCUCACCAAGCUGAAGUUUGAGGUGUUCCAGCCUGGGGAUUAUAUCAUCAGGGAGGGCACCAUCGGCCAGAAAAUGUACUUCAUACAGCACGGGGUUGUCAGCGUUCUAACCAAAGGCAAUAAAGAGACCAAGUUGUCAGAUGGCUCCUACUUUGGAGAGAUUUGUUUGCUGACACGAGGCAGAAGGACAGCCAGUGUUCGGGCAGACACGUACUGUCGCCUGUACUCACUGUCUGUGGACAACUUCAAUGAGGUGCUGGAGGAGUAUCCUAUGAUGAGAAGGGCCUUUGAGACUGUUGCUGUGGACCGGCUGGACCGUAUUGGAAAGAAAAACUCCAUCCUGCAGCACAAGGUACAGCAUGACCUCAGCUCUGGUGAACUCAACUACCAGGAGAAUGAGAUCAUCCAGCAGAUUGUGCAGCAUGACAGGGACAUGGCCCACUGUGCCCACCUCUUGCAGAACGCCCCACUCCAGACUCCUCCUUCACCUACCCCUGUCAUCUGGGCCCCACUAAUCCAGGCCCCUCUACAAGCAGCAGCCACCACCACCUCAGUAGCCAUUGCCCUGACACACCAUCCCCACCUUCCAAAAACUAUUUUCAGGCCUCCGGUUUCUGUUCUGGGGUCUUUAAGGGACACUCCCAGCCGGCUUAAGAACUUCCACACAAUUGUUCCUCCAUCCACAGCACCUGGCUCUGCUGGGGACUCUCCUUCUAGCACACCCUCUAAACUGUGCACUGGCAUUGAUAUGCCAUUGCUGGCCUCUUUUCGGGCCCUGCACAUGACGUCAGGUACAGGGGCAACUGGCUCUAGCCAACAGGCCUCAGGUAGCAGAGGCCAGCGUGGAUCUAGUGGGGGUGGCUCUGGGUCGAGUGGAAGUGGGGCCCCUGCCUUUCCCUUUGGACCAUACUCUUCCUCUGGUUCACCCACAUCUAGUAUGGCCCAGCUACACCCCCAGCCACAGCAUCAACAGCCAUUUCCCUCCAGCACCCCACCUCCCUCAAACCUCUUUCACCAAGGAUCUAUAGGUGGAAGCACAGGGUCAGGAAUAAGUGGAGGUGCAGUUGGAGCCUGUGGGGGUGCUACAGGGUGGUCUUCAGCUGGAGCUGCCGCUGGGUUUGUGGAAGGAGCCACAGGAGAAGACACUGCUUGGGCUGGAGAGGACUUUACAACUGGAACGACCGGGCCACUGCCUGGGGGGCAUUUUGGGUUGGGGGGAGCUACUGGUGGGUCAGUAGUAGAGAUCUCAGUGGAUUCAAUGGGAGGGUUAUCUGAAGGAUCAGUCGUUGCUGCUUGUAGCACAUUAGCAGGUGGGGCAUCAGGUGGAGCAACAGGGGGCAUUACCUGCGGGUCAAUAGGAGAUGCAGCCAGGAGAUCAAUGGGAGGGACUUCUAGAGGAUCAAUGGGAAGAGUGUCUGGGGGAUCAGUGGGUGGGGCUUCUGGAGAAUUGCUGGUAGUAACGACUACUGGAGGAUCGUUAUGGAGGGCUUCAGGUGGAUCAAUGGGAGUGGUUACUGGGGGGUUGACAGUAGGGGCCUCUGGGGGACCACUAGGAGGGGUAUCUGGUGAUUCUUUGAUAGGGAACCCUGGAUUGUUGGGAAGGGUUUCUGGUGGAUCCACAACUAGCCAUAUAGGAGGAGGUUUGAGUGAGCCAGGGGGAGGGGUGAUUGGAGGACAUAUUGGCAGAGCAUCAGGAGGGGCAGUUGGGAGCCAUUUAGGAGGGCCUACAGCUUGUCCUGAAGAAGGACCUUCUGCUGGAAUUACAGCUGGAUUUCUUAGUUCCUCCCGUUGUCAGAGUCCUAUAUCUACCGACUCAUCCAGCCCUAUGCCUGGUCAGUUUCUGCAUAGCCAGCCACCUCCCAAGCCUCCUCAGGUGGCUCCUUUGCAGCAGUUUGCUGGGGGAGGCAGGACUACCAGUGGCCUCUUCCAUUCCCCUCCACAUGGCUCCCCUUCCUCUAGCAGAGGACAGCACAGCCAACAGCCUACUGAGGGCUCUCCAUCUUCCAUCAGCCAUUGUAGCCUAGCAGGCCACCAGUCUGGCUUACUGCCUCACCAGCUGUCCCUGGAGAGAUCUGCCCUGGCCUCCCUGGCCCAGUAUGGUUCAGCAAACGCCUAUCCCUGCCUUACCCCGGUAGCUCCCAGCCCUACUGUUCAAAGCCCAGUGGCAGGCAGGACUUUCCACUACAGCAACCCCUCGAGUGCCACAGGAUCCCACAGUUCUCUGCUCAUGCCUCAGUCUUCUGUCCCUUCACAGCCUCCCAGCCAGCCACACACAACAGGAAGAGAUUCUCCGCUUGGCCGCUUUUCUGAGGACCUAAAGCUUUUAUCCAGCUCGCACCCAUCUCUGCCCCAGGAGGUGGCCCAGGUCUUAGGCCACCAUACUGCUCGCACCUCUGUGGAAACAGGAUAUUACCCCUCACCCUUUUCCUCACCCACUCUUGUCCCCAAAGCCUGUAGCUCAAUGCCAGGGCGAAUGACUCCUCCAAUUCACAUAUCUCCGGUGCACCCUCACCAGACUCAGUCCUCUGUAGCCACCCCGGCCUUGCCUCUACAGAGGGCCUCUUCUGCCUACUCAUCAGAUCUAGAACCUCAAACUGUCCGCUCUAAACUCCCUUCCAAUUUGUGAGGAUUGAUCACACCCUCCUGUGCUCCUCCAAACUGAAACACACUCAAACUAUCUUUGUGUGUGGCAUUCUUUUCUUUUGGUCUUCAGCCUUCACUGUGUUCCACCUCUCAUUUUACCAAGAUCUUAAACAUUACUGUGAUUUCAAAGACACUUUACCGAGUAAGUCGGAGCUCUAGAAAACUAUAUAUUUCUUUUAUGCUUUUUCCUCUUUUUUAUUCAUACUGUACAUAGAUAGAGAUAUAUUUAAAUGAUAAGUUAAUCAAGGGACUAGGAGGGUGUGAAAAAGAUUUUUGUUUAAGUGCGAUGGUUUUCUUUAUUUAUAUAACUAUGCUAAAUUCAUCUGGUGAUUUUUGGGAAGACAGUUCAAUGGACUACAAAAUAAUACUCUUUUUCUGCAGGAACCUAUGCACUAAUACCUGCAUGUAUAAAUGCUUUUUGUGUGUUUCAAAAAAAAAAUCUACAUUUUUAGCUAAAACAACAUGGUUCGAGACAGACUGACCCUUGUACCAUUUCAUACAGGAUCACAUAUUGUUGAUCCCUAAAUGUAUCUAUUAGAUUGUACUUAUUUAUCCUCUGUAUAAACUUUUCAAAACCUAAUGAGAAAUGGAGAAGAGAUUUUAGGAAACCAAAAAAACUUUUCCUUUGGGGUAAUGAUUCACCUCCUCUUGACCUGUUAAACCUUAUUUUAUACCAUUUUAUCGUAAUAAUAAUGUUUUUUUGAAGCAGGGUAGAGGGCUUCAGCAAGCUACCCUCCAUCUCAAUAUUGAGACAUAAUAGUAUGUAAGCGACUGGCUUUCUGCAGGUCCUCAACCAUGUCCUAACAAGCUCACGUUGUCUUCCAAGCUCAUUCCGCUAAUGUGUUUAGAAAGCAUGUGUUGUUUUUCUUCCUGACUGUGUUAACUGUUAAUGCGUGAGUGUUUGUGAGAAUAAGUGUUUGAUUCAGUGGAACAGUCGGAUGCAAGGAAAUACUCUUCCCUGGACUGAUCAACCGGAUGUUUGCCUUUUUCACACAAAAACUAGGACUUCCAUUAACCAGAGCUUGUGUGUUGCAUUGUGUAGCACUCAGACCUUUCAGAAAUAGUCAAAUAUAAAAUAGCCCCAAAACUA